AUGGCCAUUGGCGGCCUCAUCUCCAAGAUGGCCCACAUGCAACCGCCGCUCGGUGAGCUGGACAUGCGCGCAGCCGCUGUGAUGGCAGCGGCCGUAGGCAAGCCCGCGACUCUGAUCUUCUGUGCUGUCGCCGGGAUCGCCGUCCUGCUCUACCGCCUCGUCGUCGUCCCGGCGCUGCUGUCUCCGCUGGCGCGCAUCCCGGCGGCACACCCGCUAUGUCACGUGACACCGCUCUGGAUCCUCUGGGUGCGGUAUCGCGGUGUCGAGACGAGCACGAUCCAUGCGCUGCACCAACGGCUGGGGCCGAUCGUGCGGACAGCGCCCAAGGAGCUGAGCGUGAACUGCUUCGAGGGCGGGAUACAGACGAUCUACACCGGCGGCUUCCACAAGACGGACUUUUACCACAACCGGUUUGCAAACUAUGGUGUCGACCCCAUGUUCGCCAUGUCCGGAAAAGCCCACGCUGAGCGCAAGCGCAUGAUGUCCAAUGUCUUUUCCAAAUCGUACAUCCUGGCCAACGUCACGGCGUUGGCUGUCGUGCGGACCGUGCUGUUUAAACGUCUUCUGCCGCUGAUCGACGCUGCCGCCACCGCGGGCGAGCCACUCGAGGUGCUCUCGCUGCUCGCAAGCUACUCCAUGGACACCUUUACCGGCUACCAGUUCGGGCUGGCCGGCGGCACCAAUUUUCUGCAGGACACCGACGAACGCCGCUGGUACCUUCGCGCUUUUUCUGAGCGCCAGCCGUGGGCCUUCUGGAGGGCUGAGCUGCCACGUCUGACGGCCUGGGCACAGCAUCUGGGCCUCCGACUGGUGCCGCAUUGGGUCGCGAAGGACUCGGCCGAUCUUGAGACCUGGCAGAUGGCCCUCUGCGACCGGGCUGAGGCGCGCAUGGCCACCGCCAGCACCGUGUCCGUCCAGGAUGUACCCGUCGUCUUUGGCCAUGAGCGUGCUGCCUUUGCGAAGCACGAUGACCCAGAAACUCCCAGUAGCAGCCGGCCUCGACAGCUGGCCCAGAAAUCCCAGCCAGCCCGGCCAGACGUCCACCGGCUCGAGAUCGCUAGCGAUAUGUACGACUACAAUGCGGCGGCCCACGAGACCAGCGGCAACACGCUGACAUACCUCUUCUACGAGCUGUCGCGCCGGCCUGUCUUGCAAGAUGCCCUGCGCGCUGAGCUGCGUUCGCUGGGCCGCGGCCUCGUCUACCCCCGGCUGCCCGGCCAGGAUGUCGACCUUCCCGACCCAAAGGCCCUCGACCAGCUUCCGCUGCUCGAUGCCAUCCUACAAGAAACGCUGCGUCUCUGGUCGGCCGUGUCUGGCGGCCAGCCUCGCGUCACACCCACGUCCUCCUGCUCGCUGGCCGGCUACGACAACAUUCCCGGCGGCGUCCGCGUCCAGGCCCAGGCCUACACUCUACAUCGAAACCCGGCCGUCUUCCCCGAGCCCGACAGCUGGCAGCCCCAGCGCUGGAUGGGCCAGACUCCCGAGAAGCUCGCCCUCAUGCGGCGCUGGUUCUGGGCCUGGAGCAGCGGGGGCGCCAUGUGCAUCGGCAGCAACUUUGCCACGUAUUCCAUGAAAUUCGGCAUCGCUUCCGUUUACACAAACUACUGCACCGUUAUUGUCAAUUCGCCUGAUAUGACCCUGUCAGAAGGCUUUACUGCUGGUCCAAGAGGAGGGAAACUGGAUCUACAGUUCCAGCAGGCAGUGUAG